AUGACCAACUGGACCAUUUCUAUCCCCGAAACCCCCUCUCCCAAUUACGUACUUGUCAAGAACAUUGCUCUUGAAUCCACCGAGCAAACUGUCAAGGAAUUUUUCUUGUUUUGUGGUAAAAUUAAGGAAUUUGAAUUGAAAGUUGAUGAGGAGGACGAAAAGCAUCAAGUUGCAUUGAUCCACUUUGAACGCGAGUCUGCAGCCAAGACUGCUGCCCUCUUGAGCAAUGCCUUGAUUGAUGAAAGCCAUAUUGUCGCAUCACCUUAUUUCGACAUUCCUAGUAGCCCCUCAGCUGAUAACGAAAGAUCUGUCGAGAGCCCUGAACAAAACGAAACUCAAGAAGGCAAGCCCAAGUCUCGCAUUGCUGCCGAGAUCUUGGCUAACGGCUACAUGCUUCAGGAUCACGUCGUUGCCAAGGGUCUUGAAUACGACAACAAGUACAAUGUCAGUUCUCGUUUGACUGGAUUCUUGUCUAGCUUGCAAUCCAGCGCAAAGCAAUUCGAUGAAAAGUAUCGAAUCUGGGAUAAGGCUGUUGGUAUUGAUCAAAAAUACAAGAUUGGUGAGAAGGUUCAAACCGCUGCUCAAACUGCUCAAACCAAGGCCCAAGCUGCUCUUCAAACACCUACUGGACAAAAGGUACAAGACCUUGCUAAUCAAACAUUGGCUCAAAUCGCCGCUGUUCAUUACGAAGCCAAAAAGAUUCAGGGCGAAAAGUUGAGCUCUCAUGGUGCCUCUUCUCCCUCUACAUCUUCUACUGCUGCCGUUGCUGCUACUGAUGCCAAGACCACCGAGGCUGCUGCUGAUGUUAAGACUGCUUAA